AUGGAUCCUUUCACCGCAGUAGGCCUCCUUUUCGGCGUGUUAGACCUUAUUGAUCGUACAACCAAGUGCGUAAGAAAGGUCAAAGAAGCCUAUGAUUCAAAGACAGGACUGCCAAGAGAACAGGAAAGUCUACUUGGCUACAACGAGGAAAUGAUCGAUCUCCUAGACAAGAUCCAGAAAGACUCUCAGAAGUUGGAAGACUUAAAGGGCACUUCGAAAGAUCAUGACAAGAAUAUCCAGGUCAUAGUCACCAGAUGCCAAGAUAUCUCGUCGGAUAUCAAGUCCCUACUAAAUCGAGAUAUAUCAGAAAAGCCACAUUCGAUAAAGGGCGCAUUUAAAGUAGCAACAAGGUUAAAAUUCAAUGGGAAAAAUCUUCGAGACCUUCAAUUUAGCUUAGAAAAGGGUCAACAGACGCUCCAUCUGGCCUUCAUUUCAUUUAUGAAGAUUCAGAUUCGCCAAGUCAUGGACAUGAUCAAGGGUACUAUUGUGAACAAUAACAUCGAACAACAGUUAGAGGAAAUUCAGUCCAUGAUGGUCUCAACCAAUAACGAUCUGCGUAACCAGUUCCAACAAGUCCUCGAUCUCUGCCGUCAUGCGCAAGAGAUACAAAAAAUUAACGAGGUUUUCAAGGAGCUUAGCGAGUACCAUAACGGUACACAACUAAACCCACGAUAUGAUGAAGUACACAACAAUCUCGCCAACACGUUUGAGUGGAUCUUCUAUGAGCCGAAAAGACUCUUUGAAGUAGAACCGGACUUGAAAAUAUCGUUCACCGACUGGCUCCGUAAUGGAUAUGGAAUUUUCCAUAUCCUUGGGAAGCCUGGUGCUGGAAAGUCAACGCUGAUGAAAUUCAUAUGGAAACAUGGAUCGACGAAGGACAUGCUCAGCAAAUGGGCCGGUACUUCGCAACUCCUUUGCAUGAAAUACUUCUUUUGGUCUACUUCCCACCAGGACGGUUUAAUGGGACUCAGGUGCACCUUUUUGAGGUCUGCACUAGAGCAAGCCCCAGAGCUCAUGAAACUACUAAUCCCUAGCCGUAGUGGUCUGGGUCAAAAAGCUCGCACACGUCUAAGCUACGAGGAAAUUUCUCAAGCAGUCGACUUGUUGAUAAGUAGCCCUACGAUCCUGGAACGUUAUAGGAUAUUUCUACUUAUUGAUGGCCUUGACGAAUUUGACGAAGAAAAACACGCCGAGGAUCACCGUGACUUAGUGCGUCUCAUCCAAAACUGGACGUUUCUAUCAGGAGGGAGGGUCAAAGUUUGUGUUUCCAGUAGGGAAUACGAGGCUUUCAUGACCAUUUCAAUUCACCAGAGGAUUCGACUACAUAGGCUUACUAGGCAAGAUAUGCAAGAGUAUGUUGCAGAGCGCUUGGAAACACACCUGGAAUUUGCGAAUUUACAGGAAGCUUUUACACGAGUACAAGAAAAUCUCUGUGAUGACUUGUCAAAUCAUCGAUGUGUAAUCAAAUGCCUGGUAAACCAUAUUGUGGACAUAGCCGAAGGUAUCUUCCUCUGGACUCGGCUUGCAAUGUUGGAAGUGCGAAAGUUUUUAAGUGGCGACUAUAAUCCAUACAGAGUCUGGAAAUACAUUGACACCCGGCCGAAGCCAUUACUUGACUACCUGAGGCACAUGCUCAACUCAAUUUCUACUUCAUACCAAAAAGAAGCGUACAUAAUAUUUGCCAUGAGCAGAGUGUAUGCUUCUAUGGCACCUCUGGAGUAUGUUACGGUCCUAGGAGCAUCUUACUUAUCGGAGAAGCUGGACCAGGUUGCUGAGGGAACAAGUUCUUUACGACCUUACUCAAUCGACUCUGAACUACAGAGAGAAGACUGGCAUAUAUUUACAGAAGAACAGGUUAAUGCUCGUUUUAAUGGUUUACUUGAAGUAUCGAAAGUACCCCCCCUAGGAAAUAUGGAACAUGCAUCAGUUCUUGCUUUUACCCAUCGUUCUAUCAUCGAGAUCCUGCAAACCGAUAUCGACGAAAAACUUCUCGAGUGUGGCGUAACCAAAGUAGGACUAGUGAAAUCGGCUUGCCAGCUCGUUCUUGGGGAGAUUAUAUUCUUCCACAAAUACGGACACUCAAGCCACUCACAUCCUAGCCACUGCCAUCCCAUACGUAGGGUGUGCUGCCUUGCCUACUUUAUAGGGAUCCUGAAUAUCACCGAAAAGUCUUUAAUUGGUCGAUAUAUGGAUCAGAUUGAAGAUGUCUGCUUAAUGCUCGAGUUUGGAUCUCCCUCUCCACCGCUGAUGGCAUUUUGUUCAGCAUUUGAUGUAAAUGCCUUUCUGCAUUUUAGAGUUCCCGAUUAUUGUUCGCUUUUAGUGCAGUCUUCUUCUUAUGGGCUAAUUGCGCUACGAUAUUGGAUACUAAGAAGGAUGAACAGUUUACCGAAACAAGGAUCUGUGGUGUCUGAUAUAUUGGGGUUUUGCAUGCUCGGACUUGACUCUAAAGUACUAGGGUCGGACAACAUCGCGCUCAUGGUAGAAUUCUUCCAAAAUGGAUUUUUCGGCAGUGAUAUACGCGAUGUAGAAGGUAGGGUACAGAUUUCGAAGCGGGGAUGCCAUACUACUGUGCCAUGGGUUCGUUGGGUGGAAUCCCUACUUUUAGGACAAGUAAGACCGAAAGAUAAAUGGACGUUGACAGAACAGUGGCUUGACUACGGAGCUAAUCCUCGAAUCCAACUACGCCAGUACGACCUCUCUAUUCUCUAUAGUUAA